AUGAGAUCGACUGAGGAAGAAGCUGUAGAAAGAGGGGUCCGAUUUCCCGCCAAAUUGCAAGAAACUAGUAACGAUUUCCCUCCUCCGCCAUUGAUUUCUACAAAGCAGGGCAUCGUUGAAGUUAUCGAUUUCUAUGAAGCAGGCAUCGUUGAAGUGUUGUUCAUCAUAACCAUAACCAGUAAAAGUAGAAAGCUUUUUACAAGAAAUAUGGCUCCUACCGAAGAUCGGAUAACCUGGAACAACGAGAAUAUUGUAAUAUUUUGUGAUGUUUGUAUCGACUAUAUUGCUAAGAAUAGACGUGGUCAACUGAUGAGAUGGAAAGAGAUAGAAGAUUUGUUUACAGAAAGGAUUGGUAAAAGAUAUCACUCUAAAAGCUUAAAGAACAAAUAUGAUUCAAUGAAAAAAGAUUGGCGCAUUUGGAAAUUUUUAAAAACAGGAGAACCCGAUUUAGGUUGGAAUCCAACGACAGGAAAGCUAGAUUGUCCAGAUGAAUGGUGGGAAAGAAAGCUAAAGGAGAAAGCCGAUGCCAAGAAAUACCGACAUAAGGGAGUUUGUCCACUUGUUGAAGAAAAAUGGGAUCAUUUGUUUGGAGAUGCAACUGGAGUGAUUUGUGUAGCUCCCUCGUUAAAUCAAGAGUUUGGUUUAAUGCGGGAGAAUAAUAUACAAAAGGUUCACCAAAACCAUUCUGAAAUUAUGGGUUUGAUCAAGAAGGGUAAAGACACGAAAAAGGAUGAGGUAGGAACAAGUAUUGAUGAGAUAAUGGAUAUUAUGAACCGAAUAGUUGCAAAUAAUGAUGAUGAUGUUAAGGUUGGUGGAGAUAUUUGGUGUCAUGCGAUGCUUAUGUUGCGGGAUCCCACUAAUAGGGAAAUAUUCUCCAAGAUGCCAAGUGAUGAUGCUAGAUUGGCUUGGUUGAAGUUUGCUCAAACAAGAAAUAUAUUUUGAUUGAAAUAUUUUCUUAGUGAAUUGUUUUUUCAAGGUUAUUGAUGUUAGUACUUAGUUAGAUGCUGGUUUUUUAUUAGAUGCUAAUAUUGUUUAUAUGGGUCUUGCAUUUGAGUAUAUUAAAACCAAAGUUGCAACAUUCCAACGCCUAUCACAUCA